CCGUCAUACCAUAACAACACGGACACGCCGCAGCCGCCAUUAUUUUUGUCUCUCGUAGCUUGGUGAACCGUUGACAUUAUUUCUACCGUGUUGUCUUUUUUUUUUUUAAAAAGUUUUUUUUUGUAUUUAUAUAUGAAGAAACAGAUGGAUAGUGAAUGGAAGUAUGAGAUAGACGAUCUCGUUUGGUGAGUGGUUUAAUGUUGUGUCGCUGUGUCGUGGCCGUUACCGCGUACAGUACACGACUAAUUCGGAAAAGAGCGCAAUUGUUAAUAUGUGGUUUUGUUUACAGGGCAAAAAUGAAGGGUUUUCCUCCGUGGCCCGGACGCGUGAGUAUAAUAUUGUAAUAUCUACCGCACACUGUUAAUGUUUGAUCAUUUCAAACCAACUGAUUUUUGGAUUAUUAUAGUUUCCAUAAUAGUACAAAAUUGUAUCGUAACUUUUUUUUUGUACUUUGAUAACGCGGGACUAAGACUGCUAAUAUACUAUGUUUUUAUUCCCUAUUGUUGAUUUGAUUCGGUUAAUUUUACUGCUAAUCAGAUGUCUACUGUAUUAAUGUAACAUAAAUUUUGCAAGCAUGUUUAAGGAGUAUUAGGGAUUUACCCUCCAAUUUUGAAAAUAGAUAUUGCAUUUAAGGAUCAUCACAUACUAGUUCUACAUUAUGUUGCAAAUCCCCCCCCUAAAAACAAAAAAUGAAACUUCCCCUAUAUAACUGCUAAAUUUGUAUAUAUUAAUUUACAAACUGUCCAUUGUUUCUAUACCUAAUACGUAUAACUAAUUUUUGGCAAUAUGCAUAAUUUUUUAUUAUAAUUAACCUAAUCUUACCUUUAAUAUUUUUCAAUAUUGUCAUUUCCCCAAAUUUUUGAAUUUGUAAUGAUUUUGCAAACAUAUCUAAAUCGUAGUUAGGUUGGAAAAUACAAUUCGGAGCAUUUAUUUUUUAAGGUCCAAUAAAAGUUACUAAAUAGUGAUCACAGUUAAUGAAUUUUUAUUUGUACAUAUAAUAAAUUUGUUGGUAUUUAUUUAUUAUAGGUAACUGAACCCACUGACUUGUUAAGACGAUUCUUGAGGAAAAAUUGUAGAUGCAUAUUCUUUUUUGGAAGUGAAAAUUAGUAAGUUAUAUUCUAAAAUUUGUUGGUAACUUUAAUUAUUUAAUGUAUUUUUCAAUAUAUCAUACAUUGCUAAUCAUCACUUCCAUGGCUCAAAAUUAUGUUUGUUUUGUUUUUCUUUUUAAGAAAUUGCUUUGAAUAUUGAUACAUAUUUUGAACAUUCUUGGAAAGAAUAAUCUUUAUUUUGCUCGUGAUAAUGGAGUAUUCCAAAAGCACCUAUCUCUAAAUGAUAAUAUAAAAUCAUCACCUAUCUUGAUCUUUUUCUUUCUCUUGUAAAAUUUCAUAAAUUGAAUUACGUGGUUUUGCCAUGGAAGUGACGUAAUAUUACAACUUAAAUUAUUUUAUACAAUUUUGAAUUUAAUAAUUAUUUUGUAGAUUGUUAAAUAAACUAUUCAUAUAAGUAAUAAUAUUUAGUAACAAUUAACAUUGUAAAUUGCAAACAAUUUUUUUUAGUGCAUGGAUUGAGACUGGUUGUUUAAAACCAUACUUUCCAUUUAAGGACGCAUUAACUUAUGGUUGUAAGACGCCAACCUUUAAGGAGGCUUGUAGGGCUAUUGAAGAGUUUGUUGAAUCCAGAGACCCAAGUUAUGUAGAAGUGAGUUAUUUUUUUAAAUUUAUUUUUUGUUUAAAGUCUUAAUUAAUUUGUUUUUAUUAUAUUAUUUAAGGCUCAAAAAAAUAAUGGUGUAGUAUCUGAAACUGAGUUACGUUUUGAAACUCUUGUUGCAAAUGAAACUCCAAAAGUGUCUAAAAGGAAAUCUGUAAGUGUGAAAUUUAAUAGUUGUUAAUUAAUCAGUAAACUAAUGUAGUUUUAUAUGUUCAUUGCUGCUUCUGAAUCAACAAUGGCUGAGCAUCUAACCUAACCUUAAAAAUAAUCUAUAAAAACCUAACCUAGAAAAUUUAAAAACCAAGACAAAUAUCUAAAAUGCUGCAUAAUAUGCAUUAUGCUCAAUAGAAUUAGUUAAGGUAUUGAUGAGAAUAAUUAAUAUACUAUUUAUUUACACUAUUUGUGAGAAGAAUUAAAGGUAAUUAAAAAUACUGAAAUGUGACCAUAAGUGUCAUGACAAAGAAACUACCCUUAAUUUAAGUGAAGUUUAAAUAAUAAUAAUUAUUAUUAUUAUUCCAUUGUUUAUAUGAAUGUUCUAAAUUUUUAAUUGUGUACAAUAAUUUUUUCUGUAAAUAUAUUUAUAGUAUUAUUAUAUUAUUACUAUAAUAAUAAAAAAUUAAAAUAAUUUAUGAAAGUGAUUAGUAUUUGAUUAAGUAUAAACCAUUAGUAUUUUAGAUUCAGAGUGCAUGAUUACUGCAUUUUGUUUAUUGUUUUGGUUCGAACUUCCAUUAAUCUUGUUCAUCAACUUUUCUAAAACUAAAUCUAGUUUGUUCAGUUAAAGAAGUAAUUUUACUGUUUUUCUUGUAGUUUUCUAAAUUUUGGGCAAAACAAGUUAUUGUUUUAAUUUUUUUUUUUUGUAACUUAUUUUAUUGCAAAUGGGUAUACUUACAUUUAUGUUCUAUUUAGACGUAAUAUUUGAAUUUAAAAAAUAUGCAAUUUCUGUGUUUUUAUUCAUGUAAUUAGUAAUCACUAAUUUUUAUUAUUUUUUUAUAUAUAUAAAAAAAAAAACUCAAUUAGGAUUUUCGUAGUUUUCUAUAUUUAGUUCCAAGUGGUUUUCAUAAUAAUUGGAAAAAUCUGGAACAAAUAGGCUGAAUUAAAACUGUAAUUGCAGUAGAAAAGUUCUCUUGUCAUUUCUUGAUUAAAGAACAUUUUUGACUUAAAAGAAUCAAUAAUACAAAAUUUAAAAUAAUGAAACUUUGAUUAUUUUUAAGUUUAUAUUCACAUAUAUUUAUCUUUUCAUGUAGGUAUUAGUGAAUUUAUAAUUGUAUGUAAUUCACCACAAAUUCUGGAUUUUCAUGUUUUCUGUGGCAAAAUUUUAAAUUGUAUGUGUACAUGUAUAAUAAGCAACUCUAGUUAUAACAGUUAUUACAUAAAGUGCUCAACAAACAUUUAUAUUGGUCAGAUUUUAGUUAGCAUAAGUAUUUUAAUUUUAAUGAUAACAAGUAUUUUAAAUAUUUAGAAUUUUAUCAUAAAUAGAAUUUUAAUACCCAGAAAAAAAUAUUGUAAGAACCUUCAAUACUAUCCAAAAAUUACACAAUUGUUUAUUAUAUUUAUAAGUGAUAAUAUGUUAACAAUUUAAAAAAUGCAUGUAUAUAAAAUAUUACAUCUAUUAAAUUAAUAUUUUAUAAUUAAAAAAGAAGUUUUAAUUUAAUCUAUUGUUUUCAGGCAUCUCAACGUCGUAUUUCUACAGUAAGCUCACCAUCUGGAUCAACACCUAAGAAACGUAAUAACAACAAAUCACAAUUUGGUGAAUCGUCAUCUGCUUCUAACUCAGAUGACACAAAUGGACGAUUAAAACGAGCACGCCAUAAUUCUUCUGGCGACAAGGAUAUACUUACAAAUCUUGGAUUAAUAAACAACCACUUGGGUACACAACGAAAAAAUACUUUGUUGGAUAGACCUGAAGUUACAAUGGCGGUAACUAAAUAAUUAAUUAGCUUUGUUAUAAAUACUAAAUUACAAUUAAAUGAUUUCAGGAAACUACUCCUAUAGACAUGUCAAAGAUUUCUAAAUCUUUAUUGAACAAGAAUAUUUCUCCAUCCGUAAUGACAUUUGGAUUUAUUGGGUUGGGUAACAUGGGAUCUGGAAUUGUUAAAAAUCUAAUGAGCUCUGGGCAUUCAGUGGUUUUAUGGAAUCGAUCUCGGGAGAAGGUAAAUAUUUUUUUAUUAAACAAUAUGUUUAAAAACAAUAUGAUGAUUAUGGUGAAGAUAUAUAUGUUUUUAUUUUUUAACAAAAUGCAUCCAAAUAGUUAUUUUGGGCCUAUACACACACAAUAUUGAUGAUUAUAAAAUUAAUUUACUGUCAAUCUAUAUUAAUCAGGUUAACCACCAUGCAAUUUUUUUUCAAGAUCUCUUUAAUUAUUAAUCUUACCUCUGACACUUGAUUGUGUUUUAAUAGGUUUGCAUAACAUAGUCAAUAUAUUGAAUCAGAAUUGAUCAAAUGUAUAUUUGUGCGUGCUUCUGGAUAUAUUUAAUAAAACAUUUUUUCUAGCUAACAGAUAUUAAUUGGAUGUGCAAAUAAUAAUUUAAAUGUAUUAAUUCUUAAAUAAAUAUUUACUUUAAUCUUGGAUUAUAAUGUUAAAUAAAAUAAUCUUCAAAAAUUAUUAAAUUAAGUGGUUUCAAUGCUAAAAAUAACUUGAAUUAAUUCCUAAAUAACAUACCAUAAUAUUGCAGUUAAAAAUUUGUUUUUAAAUUCUCAGAAAAAUGUUGAAUACAUUUAUUUCACUAUAUUUUGUUUUUGUCUAUAAAUAACUUUUCUAUCUAUAAUUUUGCUUUAUCAAUCUCAGGGGUGGUUCUUGAUGGAAAAUUAAGUUUCUCCAUAUUAGUAGUGAUGUUUUAAUUUUCUUUUAUAAGUAAUUAAGUUUUAUUUAUAAUUGGAAAAACAGUAAAAUCUAUUUUAUCCGAGUUGAACUUUAUCACUCAGUUUUGCAGGAUGUAUCUUGUCAUAACAUAGCCUGGCUAAACAAAAAUUUUAGUUGAAAACUCUUUAUAAGUAUUUGAUUCAUGAUUAAGGUGAUAUUGUAAAUUAUAAUAAGGGGUUUAUAGUGUUAUGUUCAUAGAUGUUUACAUGUGAUGGUAUGUCAUAUCUUUGUGUUUAAUAUUUAUAAUUUCAUAAUAAAAAUAAUGUGUUUGAGUGUUUUGUAAUAUGCCUAGUUGAGUGGGAUAGGCUAUAUAAUCAGGCUUUGUAAGUAAACGAAUAAGGCCAUAAAAGGCUUGGCAAUUUGUUUAAGUAAAAUGAUCCAGGUUGGUCAGCAAGUUUAUAUUUCUGUUAGGCUUGUGCUUAAUAUAUACAGUAUAACUUGUUUAAGACUCUUUUUAAGGAAGUAGCUCAAAAGCGCUUUAUGCAGAAAUUGAAAAAAAAGUUUUGGUUUUUUAUAACCUUUAUUUAUUAAACAUAAUUAGGUAGAUGAUACACUUAUACAUAUAUACAUAUGAUUAUAAUUUUUAUUAUUUUAAUUACAUUAAUGCAUAUUAAACAGAUUUUGUCAAUUACCUUCAUUUGAAAAGAAAGUUUUUUUUGCCUGCUUCAGAUUCUGAAUGUAUGUUGUGGAAAGGGUACCUAUACAAAAUGUUCAACUAUAUACUACAUUACACCACUAAUACUCACUAUUCCUUAAUACAAUGAGUAAAAUAAAAAUCAAACAAUAAAUAUGAUAAAUACUCGUAAACAAGUUAUACUAUCCUCUCAUUAUUUUAUUUAUUUCUCAUUAAUUUCUAAUUAAAAAUUCCUCAUUAAAUAUAGAAAAAUUGAGUGUUUUAUUUUGUGAUUUUUACAUUGAUUAAUAUAGGACAUGGUUAGGAACCUGUGGAAAACAGUAUCUUAUGAAAGUGUCUUACGUGAGUUUUAUUAUAUAUGACUUUGUUCAGUGCUUUAGUAUCUUGAUAAUAUAAAUAAAAUUAAUUUUGCAUUUUAUAGACAUGAUAAAAUUUUAGCCAUUUUGUUGCCUUUUUUCAACAGAUUCUCUGUGGUAAUUAUCGUGAGCUCAUUUAUAGUCCAUAAAUAUAAGUAAAAUCUUAUCAAUAGAUGACGUGUAAUCAAAUCUAAUAACAAUAUGCUUUGGUGAAAGGAAAUAUUUUUGUUUUGUUCAAGGAAUUGACCAGUGUAAACUUACUUGACUUUCAUCUAGAAAAGUAAACCAUUAUGUGAUUUUCAGGAGUUUGUCAUAUUUGUGGCUAACUAUUUUAGGUGUUCUUGAUUUGUCCUUUUCAUAAAUCUGCAUAUUUCCCUUAAUUUAUCAUCUUAACUGUUGUGUUGUUCAGUUAAUAACAUUUACCUAAGUACCUGAAUAUUAUAUCAUUUUUCAUCUAAAUUAAAAUUUAUUUCUUUUGUGGGUAAAAUUGUCGUUCAACUCUGCGUUUCUUAAACUAUUUUAUCCAUGGAACCCUUUUUGCCUUUUACCCUUUUUUAGGUUAUUUGCAAAAAAAAUUAUAUUUAUUUCAUAUAAUAAUAUUGUGUUAAAGAUAUGUUCAAAUAAAAAUAAUAUUUUAAUAAUAAUUACUUUAAUUAGACUAAAUAUAAAUAUUAAUGAGAUGAUUGAAAUUGCUGUUUAUUAUUACAAAUAUUUUUAAUAUUGGGCUUUAUUGAUGUUGAAGUUGAUGAAGUUGUAAUAUCAUAUUAGGUUCAGCUUCAAGUCUGUUGCAGGAUUUUGUUUUUGUGGAUACAUAAGUAGAGAACCGCAUCACACAUAUAAGCGGUUGCAAAUGGUAAAAGUGCCAACAUGGCUUUUUGUGACAAUUGAGGAUACUCCUCUUUUGAAUUGCACCAAAAUUCUGCUAAUGGCAUCGAUUUAAAUUUUUUUUGCAGCGAUGAAUCAGAUAUCAUUUUAAUAAAAGUUUUAUAUUCUUUUUCUAACAUAGUUGAAGGUCGUGUAUUGGCAAUAAAUAGAUUUUUAAUCCACAAUUCAUUUUUAUAUUUCACCUGUUGGUCAUUUUGAAAAUACUGGUUGAAUCCUUCACUUAAUCCAGUGAGGUGCUGAAUAAUUUCCUUAAUGGAAACCUCAAUUAUUUUGACCCCUUCAUCUUCCGAAAAUUAUUUAAUUAUUGGAAAGCAAUCAAACUCGUUGGAGCUCUUACAAAUUUUUCAAAAAUUGUAACUUUCUUAAAAGCGUUAAUUUUUUCAUGAGCAGUAAAAACAGUUACUUGUUUGUCCUGAAGUGUGAAAUUAAGCUCAUUGAUCUUUGUAAAUAAAAUCGCUUAAAUAGGCAAUUUUAAGUAGCCACAUUUGAUCACAAAAUCAAUUUUUUAAUUCGAAAUUGUGUUCUAAAAAAAAGGGGACGUACCUCGUCCCUUAAUUUAAAAAUAUGAGUUAGUAUGUUUCCUUGACAUAACCACCUGACCUCAGAGAAGAAAAGUAUGUACACUUUCCAUGUCCUCACAUAGAAUUUUGAAGAAGCCGAGAUUUUAUGAAGUUUAUGAUUUUUACGACCUCAUUAAGAGCUUUCUUAAAAUUGGUAGAUUACUUUUUUGCAGCGUGUGCCUGUCUAUGUAUCAUACAGUGGCUACUAGACCAGUUGUUGGUAAUAUUUUUAAUACGCUGUACAGCUCCAUUAAUUAUACUAUUCAUAGCCUAUACUCCAUUGGUACAAAUAUCAAUGUAGUUUUCCCAUGGUAUUUUAUUUUCUUUAAGAAGCGAAUGUAGAAGACCAAAUAUUUCAACUCCCGUAGUACGUGUUUAGUAGAGAUUUGCAUAAAAAAAGAUCCCCCAACAAUGUGCUUUCAUGCUGAUACCUAACAAUGACAAUUAAUAUUGCAAGCCCAGCCAUAUCGGUAAACUUAUCCAUUUAUAAUGCAAAAUUUGCACGAUUUUGAGAUGAAAAUUAAGUUCAUUAUAUAUAUAUAUCAGCUGCUAAAGCAUUGAUACAAUUAGCUACCGUGUCAUUCGAUAGUGGGAUUUUAGAUAUUUCUUUUGCCAAUUUUUCAUCUAACAUAUAUUUUACCAUUUCCAUAGUACAAGGUUUUAUAAAACUUUCAGCAAAUGUGUAAGCUUUUACCGCGUUGAGACAUAUGAUAGCUAACUAAAUAAGAAGCCUCGGUUGCUUUUUCAUUCACGGUUUUUAUGGUUUGAAUCAUACAGUUUAUUAUAUAGUUCUUCACGUUUUCGAAUAAAGAAUUCUACAUUUUAGCUGAAGCUAUAGAACUUUGCUGCAAAUAAAGCACUGAGGAUUAUAAUUAUUAUUCAUAAAUCCUAAUGAUAUGUGACUUUCAUCAUACUUCCCACAUUUUUUAGUUACUUGCCUAAAACCUUUUGGGGUGAUUUCAUUUGUAUCAUUCUCAUCAUUACCAUAAUUAUCAUAUUGAGUUUGAUACAAAACAUUCAGGUUCUGGAGUAGAACGCUUUAGAGUCCCUUUUUUGAGCCAUCUCCAUAUUGCAACACAAUAAAAUUAUAACAAAACGCACAAUAUCGUACAAAACACAGUGGACUGUUGUAUUGAAUCUUUGAAACUAUUUUAUUUGUUUAUCUGUUUUUCAAAAGUUCACAUUAUCGCAAACGGUCGUGACCAAUCAGUAUUUUUAUUAAUAACAUACAAAUAUUAUUUCUAUACAUAAAUAAUAAUAAAUAUUACUAUACAUUACUAGUACCUAUGUACUUAUAUUUUUUUCGUUAUCAACAGUUUCUCAUAAGUUUACGCUAUCGCAGACUGGCAUAAUUUAUUAUUAUUUUUAUCAACAACGUUCAAAUUUUAUUUCUGUAUACUGUAUAAACACUAUUAGCACGCAAUACAUUCUAGAAGUAUAAAGGUAGGCUAUUCCAUAUUAAAUAUAGUGUAUACAAAUUUUUUUUUUCUACAUUGCAACAAUCUUUUUCCCCACUACUAAUCUUUAGUUAGACGUUUUAAAGUAAUUUUCUUGAUUAUUAUGAAAAAAAUGACUUAAAGCUUCGUGGAACACAGUUUAAGAAACGCUGGUCUAACCGAACAAAAACUAUUAAAAAUUUAAAACUUGAUAUGAAACUCAAAUUAUAACUUAGUGGAAAUAGAUAUCUAUGUAAAAGAUAUAGAAAACAGUAUCUGUUUCUUUUUUUUUUCAGAGUGUUUUAAGAUCAAAUUUUGAUGAAAAAUUGUGUUUUAUUCUAUUUUCAGUUGAAUUAAUAUCUUACUCGUGCACGUGCACUAUUUGCAAUUGUGUUUCUCAUUAAUCGUGUAUUUAUUAUAUAAUAUUAACUUAUUAUUGCUUUUUCUAUGAUGUCCUAAACACUUACCUUUCUUAACCAUUAUAUUAAAAUGCUACGCAUCAUUUGCUCAGAUAUGUGUCUAAAUAUGAUUUUGUUUGGAUGUUUUUGAAAUUAGGUGAUGGAUAAUGUGUUUAGUAAAUACCGUAUGGGGAAUACAGAUUUAUUUUUCUCUUAAGAUGGUAAAAAUGCUUCAAUUUAGUCAUUGCAGUGUUUCUAAAACAAAAAUUUUACCUAUCAUAACCUAAUUUGUUUUUACUUGAAUAUGAAAUCAUUUUUCUUCAGUAAAAUAAGAAGAUAUUUGUCUUACUAUUAGUGUCCAUAUCUAUAAGCAGACCUAUAAUUGGGUUUCAAAGUAGCUUACUUUAUGUUACAUUAUUAUUAUAUUAUAAUUGUAAACUUUGAUAGGGGUUUUUUUUUUCUGAGAACGAUUUUAUAAAUUAAUUUUUAAAAUUCAAAUUUAUUUCAUGCUAAUAGUAAAUUGAUUAGAAAAUUAUCGAAUUAGUAACUAUUUAAAAACAUUUUUUUUAAUUCCUAAAUAUUCAAUAAACAUAAGUUAUUACAUUGAUUAAAUAAUAAUAAAAAUGAAUAGUCAGUUGUGGUACUGUUGAUCUUGUCAGUGCUUUCGUUAUCGCUAUCUUCAUCUUAGUCAAUUUAAAUUUGUUAUUAGAUGUUAAAAUAGAUCUUGUUCAGUAUAAAUUCUGCAUUUUCCUGUUUUUAUUUAUUGCUUCUAUUGUCUCUUUUAAUAACUGACCUAUUGGAAUAAUUAGACAUCACCAGGGUUCAUAAUUUAGUUAUAUAAAAGGUUGUUAAAGCGUAAAACCAAUAUGCUCUUAAGAAUAUUUAGAAAUAUACAAAUAAAAUAUGUAUGCACAUGAUAAUAAUAGGGUUGUAAUUAUAGGAUUUUCCAUAUCGAUAUGAUGACAGUCAUACUGAAUUGCAGCAGACAAUAAUAGAAACAAAAGUAUGAAAUAUUCAAGACUAUUUAAAUUAUUCUUAUUAUUAAGUAUAUUUUGAAAGCUAUGGUACUGAAAUACACAAUAUAAAUCUUUGUAUAUAGCUUCUUGACUUCCUGAAAAAAUGUAUAGCUCACAUAGGUGUUCAAAAUCACUAAAAAAAAAAAUAAUUCAAAUGCAAGUUAUAGGCCUUGGUCGUCAUCAUCAUCGAUGCGAAUUACAUUCGGUUUAGCGAAUUAAAUUUGACAUUUUGUGAUAUUAUACCAAAUAAAUAUGUAUUAAAAGCAGUAUAUAAAAAAAUUGUAUUCAUUUUGUUAAAACUUAAGUCAGCAGUUGUAUUGAGCUAUAGUGCCUAGUAAUAUCAACACGGAGAAAACAAUAGCAAAUCAAAUUAAACAUUCUUUUUUUGUUGUAUAUUUUAAUUAUGUUUCUAAAUUAACUUUUAAAGAGCUGUUACUUGUCAAUAGGAGUACUUCACUUUAAAUUUAUAAAUAUAUUUCUUUUCUUAAGUACCCUACUACAGUUAGCAAUGACAAGAUAAUAAAUAAUAUAAAGUAAUUUACUUUAAAACACCCUGUGUAAGUCUGCUUAUAGUGAUGGACACUAAAAUUUAAAAAAAAAAUAAUGAUUUCAUAUUCAGGUAAGUAAAAACAAAAUUCUAUUUGAAAUAUUGAGAUGUCUUAUUCAACAUUAUUUCACACAGUUACAAGCAUGAGUAGUCUAGAAUUCUGCUGAUUCGUAGGAGACAAGUACUUAAGUAGACACUUCAUAAAUCAUUGAGCGACUACAGAAUCCAUAAUCGUAAUUCAUAUUACUGAAAAUGUUUCCUAUCUUUUUCAGACAACUGCUUAUCAUAUUUUGUUUACUAUCUACUACCAUUAAGCUGUUCUGAUUGAAUGUAAACUCCACUAUAUUAUUUCCUAUAUUAUCUUUAAUUAUAACUCACAUACUAAACUGAAUUGUCCGUAAAAAAUAAUAUUAAAAUCAACAAUAUUACCAAUAAAAGAAAUAUGAUUGUUGUACCAUUGGUAUAACACAAAUUCAUCAAUAAAACCAUAAGUAUUCUGAAGGUAAAUAUGAAUUAUUUAUUACACUGUUGGAAGUUUUCUGGCAUAUAAUUUCUUGGGUGGGUAUUCACAAAAUGGUAACACAGGUUCAUAAAGUAGAUACAGAUUAUAGACUUUAAUGGUCAAGUCUUUUAGAAAAUUUGAAUAAUCAGCAAAAAAAAAAAAUGGUCAAAUUUUUUUUUUUUAGAAUCUUUAAUUUUGAAUAAGAUAUGUGUUUUCAUUCAAAUAUAUUUUAAUAAGUCUAGAAGGAGUUUUUGAGAAAAACUUGUGUAUUUUGCAUAAUUCGUAAUACCUACCUAUCUCACUUCUCGUGGUAUGAUUUCAAUUUUCAUUUGUAAAUUUACUUGAUAAAUGAAAUAAAACUAAAGUAAAUAUGGUUUUAGAAAAGUAAAUUAUUGUAUACUAUGCAAAAUGGUCAGAAAAAAAAAUCCCCAAAACAACUAUACUAUCAAUAAUAAUAAUAUUUAUAAAAAGUUAACAGACAUAUCUAAUUCAAUUUUAUUUAUAUUAAUUAUCUUCUAAUCAUAGUCAUCUGUAUGGAAUUUUAGUCUAUAGAUUACAAAAUAAACAAUUGAUUUUAGAUACUUGGCAAAUAAUAUAGCUAUGCAAGCUUCCAUUGAGAGAGUAAAUAGCACAGUUAUAUUUUACAAAUUUCUUUUUUGGAAUAUUUACUGUUAUGUUUGCAAUCUAUAGACAAAAUACCGUACGGAUGACAAUGAUUAUUAUUACGGCGAUUAUUAAUAUAAAUAAAAUUGAAUUAGGUAUGUCCGUAAGCUUUUUUUAAAUAUUAUUAUUGAUAGUAUAAUUAUUUUGGAGAUAUUUUUUCGGAUUUCCAUUUUGCAUAGUACAGCAAAAAUUCCAAGAAAAAAAUUGUUUAAUAUAACUAUGCUUAUUUACUCUCUCUAAAGAAGCUUGCAUAGCUAUAAUUUUAUUUGCCAAAUAUCUAAAAUCAGUUGUUUAGAGUGAUAAAUAGUGGAAUUGGAAAAAUACAUUAGAUAAAAAUUAUUUAGACAUAUUUGGUAUCUACACGUUAUUAGUUACUGCAUAGGUAUUAGAGUUAGUACUUCUUCAGUUCCUGUUAAGUAAUUUUGAUCUGUGCGAUUGAAACUAUGGAAAUAAUUCCCGUAAGGAAAAAAUAAAAUGUGUUUUAUGGUUAUACCUUACAUAAACCAAAAUAUUGCAAGUUUUUUAUUAGAUGGGAAGUAUUCAAUUUUUUUUUUAUACAUAUAAUUUUGACAGUAUAGUUGCUUUGGGGAUUUAUUUGUAGGAAUUUUUUUCCUGGGUAUUCAUGCAAAAUACAUUCACCAAUUUAUAUGAUGGUGGUUAAAAUGCAUUUUUCAACUAUUAACAGCAUUUGUCAAAAAAAUAUUGCUAGUCUUUGUUGGAAAAUAAAGUAAUUUUUCAACUAGUUAAAAGUUCUUAUGCAUAUUCAUUAAAUGAAAAUGAAUAUAUGUUACUUUACAUUGUAAAUUAAGUAUUAUGUGAUUACUGAAUGAUUUUUAUAUGUUAUAACAACAGUUAUCUACUAAGGUUGGAACUGUCGGUGUAAGUAUUGAACUAAAAGUGCUAGUAGUAGUUGAGUUUAUUUUUCCAUAUGAAUUUUAAAGACAGUAUCAUAAAAACAGUUGCUUCUAUCAAAAAAAAAAAAAAUACUAACAUUUCACCUUAAAAUUAAAAUAACUAAGAAAAAAACUACCACAUAACGAUAUUAUUUGUUCUUAUUUUAUAGUUUGAUGAAAGGUCAAUUCACUAUAAUAUUAAAACUUAACACCACAGAGUUGUCCCUACUGAACAAAAAAUUACUUAUGCCAUGCUGUUGUAUGACGGAAACUGUAAAUACAGCUAUGGCAUCAUACAACAAAUAAAACUACAGUAUGUUAAAGCAGGACCAACUACUACCGCAACUGUUAAUUCACCAUUCAUGACACUGACAGUUGUUGUAAUGUAUAUACAGCAUAGCACUGACUUUAGUAGAUAACCAUGAUUAAAACAUUAAAGAAAAUGAAAUAUAACUUAUCAUUCAUGAUACUUAUAUUCAUUUGGUAAUAUAGGUUAAAACAGUUUAUUCAGUUUAUUGGUAGAUUUUAUUUGAGGUAUUUAUUUGAUUCCUUAUUGAUCAAUAAUGUAUGUAAAACAAGUUAUUAAUUCAAUAAAACUUAUUGAAAUUGUAAUAGGUGUUUAAAAUUUCAUCAUCAAAUUCUUUGGAUUAAAAAGCAAACUUAAUUUAUAAAAGUUGAAUUAACUAUUUAAUUCCCAAUGUAUCCUUAUGUAUAUAAUAAUAAUAAUAAUAAUUAUUAUUAUUAAAACUGCACAUAAUUGCUUUCUAUAACUCAUUGAAUAGUUCUCUUAAAUUGUAAAUAUGAUAUAUCAUUUAAAUUAGUUUACAUCAAUUAUUGCCAAUUGUUAAUCCAUUAUAUGAAAAGAAAAAAAAAAAUUAAAAUACUAAUUAUUCGUACUAAUAGAACUAAAAUCAUAAAUUAAAAUCACCAUUUGAUGUGAGAAAUCUAUUUUAUUUUUAUUAAAGUGAGGUACUUUAGGAAGGUCAUUUUUUGAUUUUCCCAGUAGUUUUCUCAAUAAAUAGGGAAAAAUGGGAAAAUAGAUUCAUCCAUCAUACUUUCAGAAUUGGCCUUUAAGAGGAUAGGUGAGAGAAGAACACUACCUUCUCAAACUCCUUUUAUAAUUUGCACUUAGAUGUUUCCCAAUUUAUCAAGAUUACUACCUUUUUGAUUUAAAUGUAAACUUUUAAUCAAAUUUACAAUUCUAUUAGGGAAUUGUUUUCGUUUGGACCUAACCUAACACCUAGAAUAUUUUUCCAACUAACUAUCAAAGGCUUUUUCUUAAUCUAUGAAGCAUAUAUAUAAAGCUCUUUUUUGUUCUAACAUUCUUUCCGCCAUAAACUGUAAUGUUCCUAUUGCAUCUCUGGUGCCUAUAUUUUGGUCGAAAUCAAAUUGGGUGUUUAAAAUAUUCUCUUCUAUUUGUGCAUCUAUUUCUUCUUUAAUUUAAUUUAGUCAUUAUUUUAUAAUUUUCGUAUUUGAAACUUAAAUUAACUGCAAAACUAGUUGAUUUCGUAUAUAUUAUCUAAAUUUAAUCAUAUAAAAAAUUGAAAAAUAUUAUAUUACAUGACUAUACAGUCAUGUAAUAUACCUACAUCAAUUUCAUCUUUCUGGAUUUUCAUCUAACUGACUAAUCUUUUGCGUAAUACACACAUGGUAUUAUGUAAAUAUUACCAUAUUUAUAAAUACUGCUGCAGAUUUAAAUAUUUGUCCAGUUUUUUUGACUGACCAUAUAGUUUAGAGAACAGAUUAAAAUAUGGGUCAUAUUUUUAUUUUUUAUUUUAAUAAAAUAGAUGUGUUAUUUAGAAAACUUUACCUACAUUUGUUGUUUCAUUUCUACUAACAGACAACAGCGAAAACAUGCUUCUAUUCUAUUGCCUAAUUUUGGUUACCGAGUAAAAACCACAUAGUAUAGGGAGAAGACGAGGUAAUGUGUUUUUUCAUUAAAAUCUCAACAUUCUUAAAUUAAUGUAACUUAGAAAAAAAAAAAAAAAUUACGUAUUGUCUUUCCCUCUGGAGUAUUUUCUAUUUUUAAUUUUAUAAAAUGUGUUUUUACUCUAAAACCAAAUCGAGAAAAUCUUGUGCCCUGUAGACAUUUUUUCCCUAUGUUUCCCAUUAGUUAUGCUGAUGAGAUAUCCCAAUAUAUGAUUGUGGUGUCUUCAUAGUACAGUGAUGACAAACAGAGGGCUGAGAUUUUAAAUUUUUACUUUUUGGUUAAUAGAAAAUUAUAUUAUAUUGUAGGUACAGUGAUUUAAAUGAGAAAAGAAUAUAAAGUAUAAACAAUCUGAUAGGGUCUUUCAGUGGUUUCAACUUAAUAGUAAAUAAAUAAACCCCUACCCUAUUUAUGGACAAAUUUCAAAAUUUCUUAGAAAGUAUUGUAUUAUUAUAAUAAUUAAAUGUUAAUAUUGUAAAAUUAUAUCACGUUAAGAGUAAAGUUAGUAACAGUUAAUGGUUGAUAGAUAAGUACUUGAUGAUUAGAAAUAAAGAAAAGAGGGAUAACUUGUUAGACAAUAAAAUGGCUUUGUUUUCUUUUAAAUUGUUAAUGUGUGUGUUUUUAAAUUUGUAACUAAUACAAUUUUAAUGAUUUUUUUACUAUAAUAUGAGAAGAAAAUUUAAAUAAAUAUAUAUAUAGGAAAUUGUAAAAUUUGAACUUAAAUUAAAUAUGUAUUAAUACUAAGUUGACCUACAUUUAGGGAAUUUUAUAAUGGUUCAAAUAUUGUCUUGUCAAACUCUCGAAUUAUGUAUAACUUAAGUGUUAAGUGAUGGAAUUGUGUUAGAAAUAAAAAAUAAAAAUGUAUUAUUUUAUUUCAACAUUUACAUAGAUUAAGUAACAAUACAUAAAUGUUAUUUUAUUUUAUAAUAAUAAAAUCACUUUCAUUAUGUGUUUGAUAUAUAAAAUACUUUAAUAAAAUUAUUAAAAAUACAUUUAUUUACAAUUUUUAUAAUCUACUCAAUUAAGGUAAUUGGUUUUUCAUUACCUGUUGACAAAUGAUUUUUUAACAUUUACAUUUAAAACUAAACAUCUUGUGGAAAGGUUUUUGUAUUUUCUAUGGUUCCUAUUUCAGCUUCUGCUGGUUGGCUCUGUUUUUUGAUACAAUUCAGUCUGAAAAAUUGUACAUAAUAUAAAGUUUUUUAACCGGUGAUAUUAUAUAAUAACUAACCUUAUUAAUAGUAGUUUGAAUGCACAGCAUAGUAUGGUGAGCAUUAAGAAUCCCAAUGCUGAUAUUAUUCCUAAUAACAGGGCAUUGAUCUUGAUAUUGAAAAAUACCCUACUGUCCAGAUGUAUUUCUAUAGUCUUUGAAUCAUUUCCAUAUUUAUUUGAUACAUAGCAGGUAUAAUUACCAAUAUUGGUUCUCAACAUACGUAAAAUAUUUAAAGACCCAUUUUUUUCUGUUAAAAGUGAUUGACUAACUAUUUGGUUAAGAUCCCAAUUAUGCACAUUAGGGUGGUUUGAUAUAUUUCUAUCAGCUUCUUUAUUUUCAUGAAAUGUCAAACCCCCUGGCACUAACCAUGUUACGGCUGGAUAUGGAUUUCCAUAAACCAUACAAUUAAUAAUUCCCUUUUUAGUUAGUUGUAAUGUACUUGAACCACUUACAUGAUAUAUCUGUGGCGGGCAAUCAAGUUUUUUCAAGUUCUCAAUAAAUUGAGUAUAUCCUCUAUAGCCAACAACAUUAUUUGUUUCAUUGGUAAACCAUUGGCUAAACCAUCCAUUAUGACAAUUUGGUUGAAUUUCCGUUUCAAACAUUUGCACACUUUUUAGGUUUUUGAGAAAAACUAUAUUAGAAGGAAAAAACUGUAUUGUAUUACAGUUAUUGAGUUGUAUUGUUUCAAUGUUGGAAGCUGAACUAAUAAAAUCAUUGUCGAUUAAUUUUAAGUCUUUGCAGUUAUUAAGUAAAAUUCUAGUUAAAUAUUUAUGUUCGCCGAAGGCACUUUUUUUUAUAUUUUCAAUUUUACUGUUUUCAAUACUUAAAUAUUCCAAUUUAUCCAAAUUAGACAUUGCGUUAUCAUCUAAAGUUUUAAAAUUUGGAUUGCCUAUGCUUAUGUUUUUCAGAUUGAUGGUUUCUUUAAAUACAUUUUUUGAGAUUGAAUGAAAAAUAUUGUUUUCUAUCUUUAGUGUUUCUAAUAAAUUUAAAUGUAAAAAUAAAUUGUCUGAUAAAAUUUGCAGCUGGUUGUUAGACAAGUCUACAUACUCUAAUUGUGGACAGUUAUCAAAUACGCCAUCUGCUAGUUCAGAAAUGUUGUUCUUAGAUAAAUCCAAAUACUUCAGAUUGUUGUGAUGCAAAACUUCCACAUUGGUUAUUUUGCUCGAUAUCCAUGUAAUGCUUUGUAAAUUUUUUCCAUUAUUAAACGUGUUUCUGUUUAUGACUAUAUUUGGCCCUAUUGAUUUCACAUCUACAAAGUGUACUAUCAUAGUAUCAUUAGGCAAGAUAAACUGCAGAUCACUUGUAAAUUCUGAACACGAUACAUUAUUAUUGUUGCAAAUACACUUCUGGUUGUUAUAACAAAUAGUCGUGAUAUCCAGUGUAUUUAUAAGCUUAUGAAGAAUUAUUGUUGUGAAAAGUAUCGUAAAAGAAUACAUUUCAAGUUAUCUGAAACAUAAGCAAUUGAAUGCUUAAUAUAAUGUCUUAAUAUAUUUUAAUAAAUUGGGUGUUAAUACUUCGUUAAUUGUUGUCCGUGCUCACUCAUACGAACUUUUUUUUAUAAUCGUGGUUUAUAUUAUUACAAAACUCAUUAUAACAAUUCUCGUAAUUACCUUUUUAUUUUGUGUGUGUGACCAGUGUCUUUUGGAUCUCAUUGGUUUCGGAUUGUUGUAACGUUUUCCCCGGUAUAUAAAUCAAACGAACGGUUAUUUAUGAUUAUCGAGUCGCCAACCAUUUGGAACGGAAAACGAAUAGAUUUAAAUGGCUACUAACGUUUCACGGUUAAUGGUAAUACCGAAUAGCGUAACGUCAUUUCACUAAACUCUCGGAUCUCGUUACCUCCCUCCCGUAGAAACUUGAUAGUGGGGUAUAUUUUUUUAUGUACCCAGUGCUGCCAAUAUAUACAGUUUGACAUGUCUCCUCCUCGAGUCUUGUGUGUCGUUCGCAGUGUUACACGUUUUUGGGAUAACCGUGAUUCAGUUCGUGACAAGUUGACAAUAACGAUGGGGCGGCCAAUGGCGCUAAAGUACAAUAGUCAUUAUAGUGUAGUAUAAUUAAUAGGUUUUGGAUUUUUAUUGUAACAGUAAUAUGUAUGUAUUUAUGGACUAAAAAUCAUAAAUUAUGCAUUAUCAGUAUUUAAAAACACCAAAAUGUGUACUCAAAAAAUUUAAUUUAGCUUAAGUAUUUAAUUUUUAUAGAUUGUUAUUUUUAUUUAUUAAUUUUUUAAUUUGUUAAAAUUGUAUACUUUUUUCAUUUAUAUUUCUUUAAUUAUUUAAAUUGUUUCUAGAAAACGUUUAAAAGUACUGAAAUAUGUAUUUAUAUUUUUAAAAUAGGCAUUUUAAAUACAAAACAUAAAACACAAAUAAAUAUGCGAAAUAAAAAUAGUAUUAUUUGAUUGAACAUGAAUCAAAUUUGUCUGCAUUAAAUUGGACAAACAGAAAAAAUAUGCAAUUUCAUACAUAUUUAAACCCUAAUAAUUAAUAAUUAUACUAUGAUAUUAUAAUAAUAUUUAUGAGGUUUAGUAAAACUAAUGAUUAAUUGUUGUAUAAUCCCAACAAGUGUAUACAUUGAUAUUUAUACGAAUAUAUUACAAAUAAAAAUUAAAUUAUUUUAGGUAUUUUUUAUCUUUUAAAAAUACAUUAUAAAGGGUGUUCACUGUGAUUUUUAUUUUAGAGCUUAAAAUUAGAGUUCACUUAAAAUAGUUAUUUUAAAAUUAAGUAACAAUUUGGUAUCCAAAUUUUUGUUAUUUAAAAAAAUCACAUUAAAACUAUAGAUCAGAAUAUUCCGACUUUCAUCCCAUAAUUUAAAAAAAAAAAACCAAAAAAAAAUUUUAAAAUAUUGAUAUUAUUCUAAAAAGUUGUGUAUCAUUGCCACAGUUUCUUAGUAAUAGCUAUUAUAUUUAUUUCUAUAGAAAAUGUGAUAUUACUGAAUAACAUAACGGGGAGUAACUUGAUUUAUGUGCUGUUGAUAUAAAUGUAUGUUGCAUUAAAAUGUUUUGAAAUCUUUUACAUGAUUAUUAUUUUGAAAAUUUAGUGGUUUAUAUAUAUAUAUAUUUUUUUCCUUUUGUAAGUAGGAGAUACAAAUAAACCUUUAAUUAUUCUCUAAAUAGGAAAUUAAAAAAAAAUCUGGGACACUGUAUGUAGUAAUGUAAUCUUUGAAACAUGAGGUUUGUUAUUUUUAUUAUUCCAAAUACAUAUCGUUUCUAUUAAUUAGUUAAAUAUUAACAACAAUAACAUACAAACCUCUGUCAAAGUCUGAUUUAUAAUACCAUUAUACCAUAUUAGGUAAUUAUGUAUAUAAUAGGUUUUACUGCCUGUAUUAUUAGUAUUCUGUUAUAAAAUAAAUUAUAUUGAAUUUUGUUAUUUUUAAUUCUAUAGAAUUUAGUAAAAGUGAGUUUAAGAAACCUUUUUGACAUCCAAUGGUAUCCAUAGUACAUUAAUUUAUUUUUACUAAUGUUCACUAUACAAUUAAUUAUGGCAUUAUAGUCUUAAAACUAAUUUUUAACAAUACACUUAAAACAUCAGUUAAGAAUUAUUUUGUCAUUUAUUUGGUACAUUAAUUAUUAGUAUUUUGACCAUUAUUACCUAAUCUUCUAUAAAUAUUUUGUUUUUUAUAACAUAAUUUGUAUAAAUAAUUUUAUCCAUUCAGUGAUUACAUUGUUUCUACUAUUUUUAUUAAUCAUGUAAAACAACUUGUUUUUAUAGUAUAAUUGCAUUGCUUUAAUUAUAGUGACUUCUUAAAAGUGCCUAUCAACUUACAAAAAGUGUAUUUAUCUGUUAACAACUAAUUGGUAAUUUGUAUUGUUAUUUAUUGAUUUUAGAGAAAAUCAUGUAUAAAUCAAAAGCAUAUUUAAAGCAAUAUAAAAAAAUCAAGUGUUUUGAUCAUUUUGUUUGUGUAAUAUCUACAGAAUUAUUCAGUAAAUAAUUAAUAUGUUUAUAAUAAUUGUAGCUUUUAAAAUAGUUUUUAUUUUUAUGUUUCAUUUUAUAAAUUCCGUGACAAUAUUGGUUGUUAUGUCAGUUGAUAAUGAUGUAAUCUAUUAUUUAUCUUAAUAUAAUAACUGUGUUGACAGAUGAAUAAUUGGAUAAUAAAAAAUUAAUAGGUACUAUAAUAAUAUUAAUAAAAUUAUUUAGAAAUAUUUAUGUUUUACUAAUGUUUAUUUUAUUAUGUUAUGGUAGUCAAUUUAAUGUGUUCUAAAUUAUAAUAACAUCUUAUUCAGAACUAUGAAACUGCAAAUUUGAUUAUAAUUCAUACAUUGUUUUAUUGUUAUAUUAUUUUAAUGUAUAUUUUUUUAUUUUACAGUGUGAACAAUUUGAACAAAUUGGUGCUACUUAUGCAUUAACUCCAUCUGAUGUAGUUACUGAAUCGGAUAUAAUAUUUUCUUGUGUUUCCGAUCCACAAGUUGCUAAAGAUGUAAGUAUUUUUACAUAAUUAGUAUUAUUUAUUUUUUUGAUUAAUUAUGGUUAUUUUUGUAGUUGGUAUUUGGAAAUUGUGGAAUACUUGCUGAAAUAAAGGAAGGGAAAUCAUUUGUGGAAAUGAGUGGUAUUGAUCCAGAAACAUCUCACGAUAUUAAUGAGGUAUAUAGGUUUACUUUAAAAUUACUUUUGCUUGUUUUUACAAGUACUGCUCAUUAAUAACCUCAUUGCAUUCAUUAUUUUGACGUUUGUUGAUACAUUUUAUUAAUGCAUUUUUUCCUAGUAAUAAAUUAAAGACUUCAAAACUUUUACAGCUUAUAUGUUUCAUGUCCAAUGUCCAAGGGUUUUUUGGGUGUUUUCAGGUUGUUUUAAUGUAGAUCUAUAAAUAUGUUUUGUUCAAUACUUUUAUUUAUUUGAUUUGUGUCCAUAAUUUAUUAUAUAUAUAUUUGUUUUAAUUUGUAAUACACAUCACAGCAUACAUAUUUCAUACUUAAGCAGACACUAUAUUUUAAAGAAUAUAAUAUUCUAUUGACUAUAAUUUGACAAAAUAUUCCCUUCAACACUAACACACAGAUUGACAUACUGUCAUGGACAAAAAAAAUAGUGGAUAUAAUAUAAUUGCCAACCAAUUUUUAAACUAUCAAAUUUGAUUCCCAGUAUUGUAUAAUUGUUAUACAAUAAGUUUAAUGUUAUUCAUUCUUUCUUUUAGGCUGUUACAGAAAAGCAAGGUCGUUAUAUGGAAGCUAUGAUCCAAGGAAGUAAAACUGAAGCAGAAUCUGGGAAUUUAGUUUGUAUGGCUGCUGGAAAUAAAGAAUUAUUUGACGAUUGUCAGUCAGUAUUUUGUGCCAUCGCUAAAAAUUCAUUUUUUUUAGGUAGAACCACUAUUUUGAUAAAUAAUGUAUUUUUUUUUCUGUUGGAUUACAAUGACAGUGUUAAUAUUAUUAUUUACUUUCUAGGUGAGAUUGGGGCAGCCACUAAGAUGAAUUUGGUUUUAAAUACGAUCAAAGCCGUAUCUAUUGCAGGAUUGGCUGAAGGCAUGGCUUUAGCUGAUAGAGCUGGUAUACCAGCAAAAGAUGUGAUAGAUAUUUUAGGAAUGACGUCAUUGAAAUGCCCACUAUUGCUAGAAAAAGGAACAGGUAUUCAUUAUAAUGUGACUUAUUGAUUUUAUAUUUCGAUUAAAACAAUUUUUUUUUUAAUUAGCGAUGAUGGAUAACAAUUUCCAAACACAUCAUGCUUUAAAACAUCUACAAAAGGAUUUAAGUUUAUCGCUAAAUUGGUCAGACAUGUUAGAACAACCGUGUCCAGUUUCAGCAACUGUUAAUGAAGUCUUCAAACAUGCAAAACGUCUAGGGUAUAGUGACCACGACACCAGUUCAAUUUAUGUUAGAGCCAAAUUUUGAUUUAUUUUUUUUUAUAUAUAUACAUAUACCCUUAAAUUUGUCUUCUUUUUUUCCAUUACAACACUUGAAAACAUAAUUUUUUCAAUAACAAAUGAUUGUAGGAUAUUAAUUUAACAUUUUUAUUUAAUAACCAAAAUAUUGUACAUAUAGAACUGUGAAUAUAUUUUUGCAUCCAUCCCAUAAUUAUCAUUAAUAUAAUACAAAACUAAUAACCAUAUACAACUUGACUUAAGCUUAAAUAGAUCUAAGUUUAACAUAUUAUAAUAAUUAAUUGUUUGUAUAUAUAUAUAUACACACGUAUAUGAAUGUAUUAAUUUGUUUACAAUUAUUUAUGAUAAUCGUGAUUAUAUUUAAAGACAAUAGAAAAAAAGAAAGUAACCUAACAUUAAAUUUGUUUUAUUUUUAUAAAAAUUUAAAAUAUUUGUAACAAAAAAAACAUGAUGUAUUUACAAAUUAUAAUAUUAUAUAAUACUUGAAUAUUAAAAAAAUUAGUGGGUUAAGUUGAAUAUAUAUUAUAUUUAAUUAUAAAAAUUUAAAAAAUAAAUACAUGCUAAAAAUUAAUUUUAAGGGUUAAUUUGUAUACUUGUAAAUAAUAACCUGGUUUUUAAGCAUAAUUGGUAGAUUACUGGUUUAAGUAUUACAAUUAAUUAUUUAUAGAUCAAUGUAAAUUAUUUUAUUAUUAUUAUUAUUAUUAUUAUUUUAUUAUUAUUAUUAUUAUUACUACUUUAUAAUAUAGAGAUAUAUUUUUUUCUAGUUCAUACAUCUUCAAAAUAAACCAGAAAACCGUAGAUGAACCUUAGAAAUAUUAAAUAAGUAUGUAAAGUAAUAUAUUUAUCUGGUAUUUUUAAGUCAUAAAUCAAUAAAUUAGAUUUCUUAUUUUAUUAUUUAAAACAAAUAUUCUAUUUAAAUGAAUGGUUUUAUUUUUCUUGGUAUGAAAAGAAAAUUAAUAAUUUUUAUUAUAAUGAAAUCAUUACAAAAUAAAUUCAAAUAUUUUGACUUACGUCACAUCUUGCCUGAUUAUUUUUACAAUUUUAUUACGAAUUAGGAAACAAAUCUUAAUUAUAUAAUACCAUUUAUCCACAUGGUUCCAAAAUUAAGUAGUUAAUUAACAUGUGAGAAAAAAUAAUUAUAAGUUGUUCGUGAUAAUAGUAUUUAACUACAACAUUUUACAUAUUUUGAAUAAUAUAAUUGGAUUUUGUAUUUAUUUUAAUGGAAAGAAGUAUAAUAAUAAAAGUUUAAUAAUAUUUAUAAAUUUAAAAUAUUGAAAUUAAUUGAAAGUGUACUGAUUGGUUUUUUUAAUCACAUACACACACAUAUAUAUAUAUAUAUAAUUGACCAAUAAAUAUAUAUAAAUAGUUUUGAAUUAAUAAAAAGUAUUUUUUCUACAACUGUAAAUGUACACAAAUUGUUUUACCGUUAAUCGUUGACCCAUGGUCAUGCAUUAAAUUGUUAUUAUAUAUUCUGUAUGAAUUUAUGUAUUAAUUUAGUUAUUCUUUUCAGAGGUUCCCUAAAACAUUUAUCUAUUUUUAAUUUCCAAAAAACUCAGUUUCAGUUAGGAAAUAAUUAUGAUUUUAAAAUUGUAUGUAAAUCAUACAUAAGAGAGAACCAUUAUUAUUAACUAUAGAAUUGGGCAAUUCUGUUUUAACAAGGGUAGAUUACAUUAGAGACUUGGAAAUAAUUUUUGUAGAUAAAUUUCCUUUUCUCGGCUCAUUAAUUUAUUAGUAAUACUUUCAAGAUUCUGGGUUUUGUUAAUAGAAUACUAAAGAUUUUAAAAAUAUUAAUCCUUGAAAAAUGUUAAAUUUCUCUCUUGUUAAGUCAAAGUUUGAGUUUGGUCCGCUAACUAUGUGGCUUUUAUUAAUCUUAUUGAAUAUGUUCAAUACAAUUACACUAAAUCCAUCAAUUAUAAAUUAAAUUUUAGUCUAUCUUGGGGUUCUUAUCAUUUACUAUCUUCUCAACUAUGUAUUACAUAUUGGGAUCUCUAAAGAAAAGUUAUUGAUUUAAUGUAUUUAUUUGAUCUGUUUAAUGAAAUGUUAAUUGCCCAAAGUUACUUUCAAUGGUUAACGUUCACACUAUUCAUAUCUGCUUCAGGAUUAAUAAAUUGUUAUAUGUUAAAUUUUUACCAAUAAUUAUAGCUCAGCAUCAUAUUUUCUUCAAGUUUGUUAGCAAAUAAAUUACCAUGUUAUACCAUGUUCUAUGUUUUUUUGUUUUGUCUCGUGAAGUUUUUAAGUAUAAUGUAUAUAAUGCGUUAACUAAUUGUAUGCUGUAAUUUCAUUUUUGUUCUAUUUAUUUAUAUUUUUUUGAUUAUUAUUUCAUGAAUUGUAUUUUUAAUUACUUGUGCUAUUCAUGAUUUUUUUUUUAUUUUGUUAAAGGUUUUUUCACCUGUAUAAUUUAAAAAUGAUUAAUAUUUGAUACAAGGUAAAACUUCUUUAUAAUUAAAAGAAA